AUGGGUCCUCCUCGUCGAAGAGUUCUGGCUACAGCCCAGGAGACAUUGACUCCGCCCGACGAAUUGCUCAACACCCACAUGAUCGUGCGAGCCAUCAAAGCCACCGGUAACAAUAUCUACCUCAUUGAGACUCCAAGCAAGGAUCAGAUGUUGGUAGAGCUUCCCGCACGAUUCCGUUCUACGAUAUGGAUUAAGCGUGGAUCCUACCUGGUGAUUGACACCAAGGACUCAGAGGAGCGUGACAACAAGAUCGGCGGGGAAAUUAUCAACAUUGUGCGCGAUGAGAAGGCCUGGAGGAAAGCUCCAUUUUGGCCAAAAGAAUUCGUGAAGCACCCGGUUGCAGCACCCGAGUCUGACGACGAAGAGGAAUCGCGAGUGGGGAAGAUGCCCUCAUCUGACGAGUCCGACGCAUGA